CAAGCCCAGUGAUUAACUUUAUGACUAUUAGUCUAAAUUCUUGUUGCGUUAUAUUGCUUAAAUCAUUUUUGAUCAAUUUGUUAGCUUUCGCUACUUCCUGGAGUUUCUUUUGAGGAGAGUUCUUCUGUUUCGUCAUUUUGGGAAGUCCCUGGGGUGGCGUGGAACUGCAGGGCCCUUCCCCUGUGCUGUCUGGAGUAACUUGUGUUGGUGGGCGUGGCCACAGUCUGACCAGAUGUCUGUCCCCAGCCCACUCUUGGGGCCAGAGUCAGACUGGUGUGUACCUUAUCUUCCCCUCUCCCAGGGGCAGGACUCACUGUGGAGUGUUGUGGCCCCUGUCUGGGCUACUUGCACACUGCCAGGCUUGUGGUGCUGCUUCGAUGGGAUUGGCAUAUUAGCUGGGGUGGAUCCUCAAGGUGUGCAGGGCAGGAAAGGCAGACUCAGCUUGCUUUGCCUUCGGUGGUCUGCUUCGGGAGGGGCCUGUGGCACCGAGAGGGAGGCAGACCCGUCGGAGGGAUGGAUCCACAGAAGCACAGCAUUGGGUGUUUGAACGGCGCAAGCAAGUUCGGUCCCGGGAACUGGUUCCCUUUGGGAUUUUGGCUGGGGGAUGGGAGAGGGAGAUGGUGGUGACCAGCGCCUUUGUUCCCCACCAAGCUGAGCUCUGUCUUCCGGGGCUCAACAUCUCUCCCUCCAGGUGUCCUCUCGUCCUCCCCCUCUCUGAGCAGAGCUGUUGACUUUUUACAUUCCAGAUGUUAAGUCACGCUGGCUGUCAGAACUCACGCAGUCAGGCCCCUCCACUUUUGUAAGCCAGACUCGGGGGGCUAUUCCUUGCCAGGUGGCUGCCCCUCCACCGCCCGGGCUCCCUCCUGCCAGUCCAUGUAGUGCGCACCGCCUCUUCCCCCUUCCUACCCUCUUCCCUGGGCCUCUCGUCUACGCUUGGCUCCGGAGAGUAUGUUCUGCUAGUCUUCUGCUAGUCUUCUGGGUUAUUUGGCAGAUAUGGGUGGAAUCUAAGUGAUCAGUAGGACGAGGUGAGCCUAGCGUCCUCCUACACCGCCAUAUUCUCCGUGACUGAAUAUUUAUUUAUUUUUGAGAGAGAGAGAGGGCACGAGCAGGGAAGGGGAAGAGAGAGAGGGAGACACAUAAUUUGAAGCAGACUCCAGGCUCUGAGCUUGUCAGUACAGAGCCCGAUGCGGAGCUCGAACUCAUGGACCGUGAGAUCAUGACCUGAGCUCAAGUCGGACACUUAACCAACUGAGCCAUCCAGGUGCUCCUAUUCUGUGAGAUUUCAUCAAAAAGGGGGGAAAAGUGUAGUGCAUCUGUAAUUGUAGACACUACUUUAUCAAGUAUUUGCCUAGCAGAAGACUCUUUUGAUUUUGCCUGAGUAUUGACAAGAAUGAAAGCCUCUGCUUAAAACUGUGUAUGCCUGAUGAUUGGCAGAAUUUUUCACAGAUGAGGUCUGGGUCCCUCCCUUUUAAACUAUAGGUCUUCUCUACCACAUGCUUUUGGUUCCAUAUCACAGUUUCAUAUCAUGAAUCAAUCCUUGAUCCUGGGUCCUCACUUACACUACUGUUUAAAUUAUGACUCAUGGCUGCCAGACACAACAAGUGUCUGGUGUCUCCUCAUGACAAGUGUUUCUUUCUGGGUCUCCUCUUGACAGUUAAUCACUGGCAGUGCAAUCCUGUUGGCAGUUCUUGGAUUUGCAUUUUUAGGAAGUCCAAAACAGAAUAAAGUCUGCUUUUAAAUUCUCUUCCGACCCAGACAUAGUCUGUAUUGACUAAUCAUCAGGACAUGAGGCAAGAUAUAUUUCCCCCCUACAAGCAAGACAGUGGGUAAUUAAACAUGGUGCUGACAGUUUUUAUUCCUAGGCCUUUUAUAAUUAGUCUUUUAAUUGUUGAGCUGAGCCCGAUGUUCUAGCAAGAGAGAUCCAGUUCCUCAAAUUGAAUAAAUAGAAAUCACUCAUAGGAAAGGGUCAGGCCGAGAAGAUGGAGUGUGCACAGGACUAGAUGAGGACACAGGUGACAUCAUCUUGAUUAAGGCCCAGACUUAGGUCAGACAGACCUAAUUACUGCCACUGACUGCCUGUGGGAUUUUUGAGCAAGUCACUUGUGCUUUCUGAGCCUCAGUUCCUCUUUUGUGAAAGGAAGGGAAUAACCCUAUGGGGUUGUGAGGAUUCGUGUGUGUAGAGCACUCUGUACAGAAGCACAGUGUAAGAACUUCAGAAAUGUUAGGUAUCAUUUCUUCUAAUGUUUCUCUCUUCUAGGUCUGUCUAGAUAUGUAGCUAUCUGAUAUCUUUGGUUGUUUAAGCUUUUUUCCAGAAUCCAGACUCUUCAGCUGUUUUUCAAAACCAACUUUUUUUGACAAGAGGGUUCAGAGCUUAGUCAUUUUCUGCCUGCAGUGUCUCAAAGCAGCAGUUUGCAAAUAAUAAUCCCUCCCAUUCAUUUCACAAUCUACUAUUUACAGGGCUCCUGGGUGGCUCGGUCAGUUAAGCAUCUGACUUCAGAUCAGGUCAUGACCUCGCAGUUUGUGAGUUGGAGCCCCCGUCGGGCUUGUUGCUGUCAGUGCAGAGCCCACUUUGCAUCCUCUGUCCGCCUCUCUCUCUGCCCACCCCCCACUCACAUAUGCUCUAUCUCUCUCUGAAAAAAUAAAUAAACCUUAAAAAAAACAGUCUACUAUUUACAAAGUGUUUUUCUUUUUUUAUUAAUUUUUUUUUAACGUUUACUCAUUUUUGAGACAGAGAGAGACAGAGCAUGAAUGGGGGAAGGUCAGAGAGAGAGGGAGACACAGAAUCUGAAACAGGCUCCAGGCUCUGAGCUGUCAGCACAGAGCCCGACGCGGGGCUCAAACUCAUGGACCGUGACAUCAUGACCUGAGCCGAAGUCGGACGCCCAACCGACUGAGCCACCCAGGCGCCCCAUGUGUUUUUCUAUACUGUAUGAGUCAGUCUUCAAAAUGACCCUCUCUCUAAUGGCAGUGUCACUGAGUUCACCAUGCUCCACCCUUCUCUGGCCUCUCACCAGGCUGGUGAGAAUAUCAUGUUAGCAGCUCCUCCCUUUAGAUGUUGGUUGCCCCUGCUUGUCAUUCACAUCUCACCACGGGGGUCACCUUUUCAGAGGGGCCUCUGGCUCAUCCCCUCAGACAUUCUCCACCAUAGCAUCCUAUUUUAUUAUUUCAUAGCACUUUGCACGUCUGCUAUUUUACUUAUUUUUUGUCCAAAUUUUCAUGCUAGAUCAUAGGCUUUGUGAAAGCAGAAAUGUUUUCUUCUGUUUCCAUAGGGUGUGUAUUCUCAAUAGGGGUGAUAUCCCAAGGGGCAAAAACUGGUUCUAGAGGGGGCAAAAUAAUCUCACCUUUUAAUGUAUAGAACACAGAUUUAUAUACAGUGCAUAGACUGCUAUACCUUGUAUACAGGAUUUUAAAAUUUGGGAGCCAUAAUUAGAACAAAAGUCUAAAAAGUCUCCUUAGGGGAGCAACAAUGAAAGAAAAAAGGUUGAGAACACUGUUUUACAGUAUAGAACACUGCUGAGCACAGAGUAGCCUCAUAAAUAAUAUUUUUUGAAUGACUGAAUUGCAUCUUUUAGAAGCUGCAGAAACAUGUUCAGAGAGGUGAAAUAGCUACAGCCUCGGGGCAAAAAGGGGUACAUGGGAGAACUGAAUAUCCAACCUGGGUUUCCCGGGUCUUGUGCUUUUUCUUUCCAAGCCUCCUGUUAAAUGCACAAUAUAUACUUUUUGAGUUGGCUUGAACGUAUUGGACAUUUCCACAAGAGGAAGCAAAAUGAGCCUAUAAUUUGUAAGUGACACAAUAAAUGAUCUCAGACAUUCUAUUCAGAAGAGUCCAGCUAGUCUUCUCUGGGGGCAUUACUGAUGCGUUCUGUGUGGCUCAUCUUUGAAAUGGGAGUCAAUACCCACCUCCUGCUCUUGGUAAAAUAUGAGUAAAAAGAUGGGCAAUAUUUUUUAGUGUCUUAGCAAUUGCUUCACAGCAUCUGUAGGCCAAAAGAAAUAGCCAACAAUUCCAUUUAUUAAGUAAUCAGGUCCGGAUAGCUUAAUAAGCACAUGCAUCCUAAUGAGGUACUACUGCCUGUUGAUCACUGCACACUUUCUCAGGCCUAGAAACAUAUCAGACACCAUCGUCCUCAUUUCCUGUUCCACAUCGAUUUCCAAGUGGUGCUUGUUUUCAUCACAGCAGUUAUUGAAAACCCAGCUUUGAAAUGAUUUGGUCAUUGGAAACAGUAUAAUAAUCUCGUGUUGAAACUGUGGACUGUCUCAAGCUUGUAGUUUCCGACAGAGAUCACUGUGAUUCCUGUGAAAAUUUAAAACAUCCGGUUGUCUGCAAAUUCACUGUGGUAUCCUGAGGUGCCUUGGCACAGUCUGAGAACUGUGGCACUAGACCAAGGCAAGGCAUGAUGCUGGCUUGAGGUAGAUUCGUGGCAGGAGAGUUGGAAAGGAGUAUAGGAGUGAAAAGUUGUGUAGAAGUGAAAAAUUGAAGACAGGGAAAACUGGUACAAAAAUGAUGAGUGAGGGGUGCCUGGCUGGUAGAGCAUCCAACUCUUGAUCUCAGGGUUGUGAGUUCAAGCCCCACAUUGGGUGUAGAGAUUACUUAAAGAAAACAAAAUAAAACACAAAAAUGAUGAAUGAACAGGAUGUGGGGAGGGGGGAAAGAUGUUUAGAAAAUCAAAUUGGGGGCCUGGAUGAUUGGAGAACUCCCAUGUCAUAGAUGGCUUUUGGGGACUCGGACUCUCAUUUUCUUGGUAACAACAACCAUCCUCCAUACGGGAGUGGCCCAGCCCCCAUCUAUCCAGUAUGGCUAAUCUCUGGCAGGUGAUUGAAUUAGAGGAAUAUGUUGCACUUGUGUCAGCCUAAGCCAGUCGGAUUUGCUCUUCCAAGAAUUUGGAAUUGAAACUUAGUGUGUUCCUUUUUCUAUGACUGCAGGAACAAACAUGGCUUCAAACAACAGAAAUUUAUUCUUUCGCAAUUCUCGAGGCCAGAAAUCGAGGCAUAGUCAGGCCUGCACUCAUUUUGGAGGUUCUGGGGAGAAUCCUUCCUUGCCUCUUCCAGAUUCUGGUGGCUGGUGGUGGUCUUAGGCUUCCUUGGCCAUACCGCUCUAAUCUCUGCCUCUUACAUGUCUGUGACUUCUCCCAUUCUGCCUUUUACAAGGUCAGUGGAUUUAGGGGUCACCUGGGUAAUUUGGAAUAAUCUCUCUCAAGACCCUUAACUUAAUUACAUGUGCAAAGACCUUUUUUUCCAAAUAAGGUAACAUUCAUAGGGUGUGGGUAUUAGGAUGUGGACAUACCUUUUUCAAAGCCAACAUGUAACCCACCACACUUGGAGACUUAGAGAUGUUUGUGCACUGAGAGGAUAGGUAUGUAGGGCACUGGGAUGACUCUUUGGGUAGAGAAUAGAGAGAGGUCUAAGGUGAAGGAAAAAAGAAUGACAUAGGUAUAUCUAUGGAGAAGUAGGGACAUUUGGCUCAGGGAGUGAUAGGAAGACAGAGGGAUCAGCCCUGCUUUUGUUUUGCUAAAUUUUCUACUUCUUGAUUCCUGUCCCCCAGAAAGCCCAGCUGCCCUUAGGUUCUAUGAUUUAGUUGAAUUCUUCAAUAAAUUGUCCUAUUUGCUUAGGUUAGUUGGAGUGGGUUUCUUUGAUUUUCAACCUAGAGCCUUGAAGGCAAAAUAGCAUAAGGGUAGGGAGAUGGGUCUCAAUUUUGGCAAAGCUUCAGUGUUCUUCAGGCUGUGAUUUAUGCUACCCAAACAUCAACAGAAAAUUUUGGCAGUGGCUACUUACAAAAUGAAGCUGAUUAGAAUUUGUUUUUCAUGUAAAACAGGAAAAAUGUGGUUCAUUUACCCCACUGUCUAUAUGUGAGGAAUUAAAUUUUUUUUUCUUACAAGACUCCCAUUCUACACACACCUCAGAGCACUUGAGAGAACUGUAUUUCAUUUUGAGCUACCAUGAAGCAGGGCAUUCUGGGAUUUGUCCUACAUGGGCAGGAUACAGAGGGACUAGAAAUCAUGCCAUGUGAGAAACUGUUGAAGACACUCAAGUGGUUUAAUCUGAAAAAUGGAGGACUUGGAAAACCAUGAUGGAUGGUUUUUAAACUGGAAGGACUGUCACAUAAAAGAGAAAUAUGAGUCACAUUCUGGGCUAUUUCAGGAACAAGUUUUCACAAAUUUUAGCUGCUCAAAAAUGGGGCAUCCUAAUGCUUGAUCUUAGGUUUGAGAAGAUAUGAGAAGUAAGCAUCCUAAACAAACAAAACAAACAAACAAACAAAGACAGCCCCUUGAGGACAGGGACUGCAUCUUAUUCACUGAGUAUACUCUAAGCUCAGUGCUUAGUGGGUUCUCAGUCAAAGGUUGGUAAAGGGAAGAACAAAGAACAAGAAUUUAACCAGAAACUAGGUAUCUUAGUUCGUUUGGAUUACUGUGACAAAAAUACAAUAGACUGGAUGGGUUAAAGAAUAGAAAUUUAUUUCUUACAGUUCUGGAAGCUGGGAAGUCUAAGAUCAAGGUGUUGGCAGAUUCAGUAUCUGGUGAGAGCCCACUUCCUGGUUCAUAGCUGCUGUCUUUUUGCUGUAAACUUACAUGGUGGACAGCCUCUAGGGAGCUCUCUGAGGUCUAUUUUAUAAGGGCAUUAAUCCCGUUCAUGAGGGCUCCACCCUCCUAAUCUAAUCACACCCAAAGGCCCCACUUCUUAAAACCAUCACAUUGGGGGGUAGUGAAUUCUGAAUUUUGAAUAAUGACACCAACAUUCAGUUUUGAGCACUGGGCAACUAUUUGGAGGUGAUGUCAGAGAGAAAACUGGACUGAAGAAUGGUGACAGUAUUAAUAAGAGUCAUAGCUUUCCUUCAUCAAGCCCUUGGUUUGUGUUAUUAUCUUAUUUAAUCUUCAGGGAUCCUACGUGGUAGUUGCCCCUAUUUUACAGAUGUGGUAACUUAACUACAGAGUGGUUAAGUAGUGAACUCCACAUAGAGAUUAAGUUUAGAACUAGAGUCAUCUUAUAAUAGUAAGAAAAAUCAUUGCUCAUGUGUUGAACAACUGCUAUGUUCUAAAAGUUUUAUACACAGUGAUCUCUAAGGCUCUUUAUAAUGGUGAGCCCAUGAUUUCUGGGUAUCUGCCCCCUAAGUUCUUGACCAUGACCCUCCUCUGCCUGGGUCUCAUGGACCAGGAUUGCUGAGGUAGGCUGGGUGGCUUGAGGCCCCCAGGGCAAUUGGCCUACUUAACUAACCACUCUGAAGUCUAAAGAAGGCUCAGUCUUGACUGCUCAUUAAUCUAAUUACCUUAGAAAGAACGGUCCUGGCCUCAUCUCUUACCCAGUGCAAGUGUGAGGUUCCUUAGGGGUCAUCCAGCUCUAGGAUAGAGAAGUCUUCAUCCUUCCUAUUAACAUUCUUGCUUGAAGGUAAAUGUAAGUUAACCAAGAUCUUCGAAUUUGAUCUACUUGUUAAUACCAUAAUUAGUUUUCAGUGGGAUUUCCAUUUCUAGAACCAUGGCUUUUAUUUUGUUUUGUUUUUGUGUUUGUUUUUCCCCGUGCUGACUGCCCACCUGUCGAUCUGGCGCUGAGAACAAGCCAGGCUUUCAUCCCUGUGCAGCAGCUGCAGAUCGGCCCUGAGGGAACAGCGGCUCUCAGAAGCCCCAGAAAGGCCUAUGGGAAUGGAGGGGGGUAAAUGCUCGUCUUAGGUCUGGCUCUGAGGAUGUGACUUUCGAUCAUCUAUUUUUCUCCCUGUAAUAAUAUGUGCUUCAAUCCUUAACUUUAUACAUCUUCUACUGCUCUGUACACUUCAAGAAUAACACAUAUUUCUGCUUGUAUUUAUAGCCUGUCUCAUAUUUCUUCUGUAACCCUGAAGUCAGACAAGUAUGACAUGUGGAUGCAGUCAUAAAGCGACUUAAUUUUUGUCUUCUAGUUUCUCUUUAAAAUGUCUCUGUGGGACAAAUUGUUUCCCUGCCUGUGGCUGAACUCAGUCAGGUGCCAAGACUUUUAUGGACCCUCUUGUGUGUCAAAACCCAUCCUCAGUACAGUUGUUAAAAAGUUCUGUCCAAAGUGAUAUUCAAAACUUUUAAAGCUGUGUCUCCUUUCCUUUUUUGUUUUUUUUUUUUAGCUUGGGCUGCUGCCAGUAGGAACCCUUUAGCUGGGGAAUGAAAGCAGAGUCACCUUCUUCUUUCCUCUUGUCUUCUACUUGGGUUCAUUGCCAGCCUCUACACCUGUGCCCCCAGUUGGGCAACUGUUUUUUGGCCCCGGUGGGAUUAGAGCAUGAAGAGGUAGGGAAGAAAAAGACGCUAAGAAAAUUGUUACUUGUGUGAUACUGCCAUGAUUAAGAUGAUACUUCCGCUUGUGGGGCACUUUCAAGGGUCUUUCAGAAAGCUUACCCUCAUCACUGGGCAUCUAUCUGUACCCUGCAGUUCUCUUAAUGGGGUCAAAUGCAUCUCUCUUUUGCUUGGUUCUUUGCUUUUCCUUGGCCCCUAGAAACCUAACAAUAUCCUCAGCUUCCCUUGGCUGAAGUCUCUUUUCCCACCAGAUUUUCCUCUUAGAAGGACCCAAAAUGACCCUACACAUCUUUCUUGAGUGGCCCACGUCUGCUCCAUGGAAAAUCCUCAUGCAUUUUUUUACCUUGAGAAAUCUUGGGGGAAAGGGACAAGUUGUCCCCAACCCAACAAUUCUUCCUUUGCUCUGCUGUCUGCUGACAAGUUCAGCCAUCUCUUGCCCUUUAGAUUCCAGGUGGGAUUCAGACACAAGCACUCUGUGCCCUCUGAUAUGUUAAACUCAUUGGUGGUCUCCGCAAAGCCCCUUUAUUUUGACUGGAGGUUUAGGAGGUGGGGCUCACAGCUCAGCCCUCUUUGAAGAAAUCCUUCCCAAUCGUCUACUCCUGACUCUUUUAUACACUCAUGUGUGAAAGUCUUAAGAGUUGUCUAACCUACUUUCUUUGUAAAUUCUUGAUCUAGUUCCUCUGUUUGAAGUUUGCUAGCUAUUUUGCCUCAGAUGAAAUGUCUACUUUAACAUCUGUAAUAAGAUGUCACUUGUUUAUUCAACCUGCAUUAAACUCCCACUAGACCAGUGCUGUCCAAUAGAAAUAUAAUGCAAGCCAGACACAUAAUUUAACAUUUUCUAACAGUUAGAUUAAAAAACAAGAGACAAGUGAAAAUAAUUUUAAUGAUAAUCUUGUUUAACCCAAUAUAUCCAAAAUGUUAUUAUUUCAAUAUGAAAUCAAUAUUAAAAAAAAUUUAAUGAGAUAUUUUACAGUCUUGUUUUGAACUAAGUCUUUGAAAUCUGGAGUUUAUACUUGCUGCACAUUCCAAUUUGGACCAGCCACAUACCAAGUGCUCAGUGGCCCCAAGUAUCUGCUGGCUACUGUCAUAGACAGCAUGGCAGUGGACUGUAAGCUUUCCAGUGAAGACUGGUAUUCUUCUUGGUCAUUACUAUAUACCACAGUGCUUGGCAUAUAGUUAGCACUGGAUAUUUGUUAAAUUGAACAGAAAUAUAAUAGAAUGAAGAACUUAUCAAGGGAGCUGUUCAUCAGCUUUCCACAGCACGUAUAGUCUAAAUCAUUCAAUUCUGCCUACAUUUCAUUUGCCCACAUAGUUUUUAAUUCAUUUAUUCCACCAAGCAUUUACCCUUCAUAAAGGCAGAGGUGUCUUUGUCUUGUCCCCACGAUCCAUCACUAUUCCUAGUAUUGUAAUAUGGAGAUUGAUGGAGUCAGCAAAUAUUUAUUUGGUGUCCAUGCUGGGCCAAUUUUUUUAGGCGCUGGGGAUCCUGUGUUGAGUAAUGUCUCUGUCCUUGGGGAGCUCACAGACAGUAAAAAGCCACAAGGGCUAUGAAGGAAAGAACUGGGGUAAUGUGAUAGGGUGUGACUGGGGAUGGGGGAGUAAGGGAGUAGGAAGGAGAAGUUGCCAGUCCUUUGAAGAGCUAGGGGAAGGGCAAUCUGAUUGCAUCUUCCCACAGCCCUACAAGCUGUCUCCUUUUCAGCUAUAUUGGCCUUUCAUUUUCUCUAACAUUCAAAUUCAUUUCUUUUAACUUCGUUUCCUGUUCCUGUGUUUCUGUCUUCCUUGCUCUUCUUUAGCUGCUGUCUUCUCACGUCUUGGCUCAAAGGCCAUCUCCUCUAUGUGAACUGCUCUGACCACCCUGUCUAUAGGGCGUGUUACCUUAGACACGUGAUGUCAUAUCACCACAUUUUAUUUAUUGUCAUAAACUAAAAUGACCUUGUUUAUUCAUCUGUUGUCUCUCACACCAUAAGGAAAACUCUAAGAAAUUAGGGACUUUGUUUUCAUAAUUGCUAUAUUCUAGUGGCUAGAAAGGUGCCUCUCUGACAAAUGUAUGACCCCAUAAUUAGUGAUCAAUAAAUAUUUAUUGAGUGAAUGAAUGAAUGAAUGAAUGAAUGUCAAGAGUUAGUUAAAGUCUUUGGGAGCUGUUCCAAGGCAGGGUUUGAAUGAGGCCACAAUCUAAAGUCUGGCAAGAACUGCACUAUUUAAAAAAAAUUUUUAAGUUUAUUUAUUUAUUUUUGAGAGACAGAGGCAGAGAGAGUGAGCAGGGGAGGGACAGAGAGAGAGAGGAAGAGAGAAUCCCAAGCAGGCACUGCAAUGUCAGCACAGAGCCUGAUAUGGGGCUCAAACUCAUGAACCAUGGAGAUCAUGAUCUGAGCCAAAACCAGGAGUCCCACACUUAACCAACUAAACCAUGCAGGCGUCCCCCACAUUACUUUAAAAAAAGAUUUUAGGGGUGCCUGGGUGGCUCAGUCGGUUGAGCAUCCGACUUCGGCUCAGGUCAUGAUCUCACAGCCUGUGAGUUCAAGCCCCACGUCGGGCUCUGUGCUGACAGCGCAGAGCCUGGAGCCUGCUUCAGAUUCUGUGUCUCCCUCUCUCUCUGCCCCUCCCCUGCUCAUGCUGUGUCUCUCUCUCUCUGUGUCAAAAAUAAAUGAACAGUAAAAAAAAAUCUAUUAAAAAAAUAAAUAAAAAUAAAAAGAUUUUAUUUGUAAGUAAUCUCUACACCCAGUGCAGGGCUGGAACCCACAACCCCAAGAUCAAGAGCUGGCAUGCUCUAUGGACUGAGCCAGCCAGGCCCCCAGAACCGUACUAUUCUUAUCUGUGGUCUCUGAGAAGGAAGAUGGGGUUAAUGCAUAUAGAAGUUAUUCUUUUGGACUGUCUUGGGUUCUGGUUCUGCCUCCUUUGAAAAUCUACAGUUAUGGACCAUCCUACUGAGUAAAUGGACAUAAACUUUUGCAUGUAACUUAGGGGAGUUCAUGGACAUUUUACCUGAAGAGGUAAAAUUGACCCCAAGUUACAAAUUUCUGUGGAGGGGCGCCUGGGUGGCUCGUCAGUUGAGCCUCCGACUUCGGCUCAGGUCAUGAUCUCGCGGUUUGUGAGUUCGAGCCACGUGUUGGGCUCUGUGCUGACGGCUCGGAGCCUGGAGCCGGCUUUGGAUUCUAUGUCUCCUUCUGUCUCUUCCCAUCCCCCGCUUGUGCUCUGUCUCUCUUUGUCUCUCAAAAAUAAAUAAAUAAAUAAAUGUAAAAAAAAUUUUUAAAAAUUCUGUGAAAAUGAGAACUCUCACAGUAACACAGAGAGACAAAUGUUUUAAUGAGAUACUGCAUGAAUUACAUUUAAAGAGCUAGGACAAGUGCCUGCCGAAGGAUGCCUUUAGGGAGAGGUGUCCGAAGAAUUCCUGAAAAUGAAAUUCUUUCCUACCAAGUAGUGCGGCCUGGCAGUUGCUAUGGACGCUUGCCUGCUCCAAUCAUGUUUCAGCUUGCUAGACCGUGCAGCGCUCUGUCGUUGCUGUGGCAACGGAUGGCAACAACUCGGCCCAGACUGCUGGAGGAGAGCAGGCUGCUUGGAGCUGGUACAGACGGACUCCUUGGCUGCGGCGUCUGUGAAUGAAAGAAAGAACUAAAGAUGGCGGGUAGAAGACUCGAGGAGUCCAUGGGGGCUGUUCAGAUGGGGUUAGUCAGAAUGCUGAAAGGGUUCCAAAGCAAGGUUUUGCCACCCUUAAAUCCAAAGUUGGUUACAAAAGAAGAAGUAAAUCGAAUGCUGACACCCUCGGAGUUCCUGAAGGAAAUGUCCCUCACCACAGAGCAGAGACUGGCUAACACACGUUUGAUGUGCCGACCACAGAUCAUCGAACUUUUAGAUAUGGGGGAAACAACACAUCAAAAGUUUUCAGGAAUUGACCUGGAUCAGGCAUUAUUCCAGCCCUUUCCAUCAGAAAUUGUGUUUCAGAACUAUACUCCCUGUGAAGUCUAUGAAGUUCCACUGGUUUUGAGAAACAAUGACAAAAUUCCAAGGAUGGUGAAAGUUGUUGAGGAAAGUUCACCUUACUUUAAAGUAAUCAGCCCCAAAGACAUUGGCCACAAAGUAGCUCCAGGAGUGCCGUCCAUAUUCCGAAUCCUCUUCACUCCAGAGGAGAACAAGGAUUAUGCCCAUAUGUUGACCUGCAUAACUGAAAGAGAAAAGUUUAUUGUACCCAUCAAAGCUAGAGGUGCACGAGCCAUCCUAGAUUUUCCUGACAAGCUGAAUUUUUCCACUUGCCCUGUCAAAUACAGCACUCAGAAGAUUCUGCUGGUACGAAACAUUGGCAACAAAGAUGCUGUGUUUCGCAUCAAAACUCAUAGGCCUUUCUCCGUAGAGCCACCUGUUGGAACUCUUAAUGUGGGAGAGUCCAUGCAACUGGAAGUGGACUUUGAGCCACAGACUGUGGGCAAUCACAGCAAAAGACUUAUUGUGCAUUAUGACACAGGUGAAAAAAUAUUUCUAUCUCUUUAUGGAGCUGCCAUAGACAUGAAUAUAAGGCUGGACAGGAAUUCCUUGAUCACUGAAAAAACCUACAUAUCUCUGGCCAGUCAGCGAACUGUAACUAUUCACAACCGCAGUAACAUCAUUGCCCAUUUCCAGUGGAAGAUAUUUGCUACCCAGGAAGAGGAAGACAGAGAAAAGUAUAGGGUCUGUGAUGAUCUGAGCAAAGAGGAAAAGAAUGAGACUGAUGAAUUUCUUGAAGAGUGCGUUAUUGAUCCUUCACUCCGAGAACGUCUUUCCAUUUUGUCCCACACCUUUGAGAAUCAGAGGAAGCUGGUUCAGGAAGACAGCAUGCUCUUCUUGAGUACCAUUUUCACUAUUGAGCCACUGGAAGGUGAUGUCUGGCCUAACUCAUCAGCUGAAAUCACUGUGUACUUUAAUCCCCUGGAAGCCAAGCUCUAUCAGCAGACAGUUUACUGUGACAUUUCAGGCCGAGAGAUCCGUCUGCCCCUCCGAAUCAAAGGUGAAGGAAUGGGGCCAAAGAUUCACUUCAAUCUUGAACUGCUGGACAUUGGAAAAGUUUUCGUUGGAUCUGUACAUUGUUAUGAGGCAAUACUCUCCAACAAAGGCAGCAUUGAUGCUCUCUUCAGCGUGGGCCCUCCAACUUCGGCUUUGGGGGCCUGCUUUGUUUUCAGCCCCAAGGAAGGCAUCAUCGAACCAAGUGGAGUCCAGGCAGUCCAGAUCUCCUUCAGUUCUUCCAUUCUGGGGCACUUUGAAGAAGAGUUCCUGGUCAAUGUCAAUGGGUCCCCUGAGCCUGUGAAACUGACCAUUAGAGGCUGUGUCAUUGGACCUACCUUCCACUUUAAUGUUCCUGCUCUGCACUUUGGCGAUGUUUCCUUUGGUUUCCCUCAUACCUUGAUAUGUUCCCUCAAUAAUACCUCCUUAGUCCCCAUGACCUUCAAACUGCGCGUCCCUGGAGAUGGCGAUGGCCAUAAAAGCAUUUCAAGUUGUGAGCGGUAUUCAGACAACAAAAUACCAUUUUGGAACAAGGACGAAAGACCCGUAAUGAAACCAAAAGAAUUCACCAUCACUCCCAGCAGUGGCACCAUUCGCCCCCAAGGAUUUGCUGCUAUCAGGGUGACCUUAUGCUCCAACACCGUGCAGAAAUAUGAGCUGGCCCUGGUGGUGGACGUGGAGGGCAUCGGGGAAGAAGUGCUGGCGCUCCUAAUCACAGCCAGGUGUAUUGUACCUACGCUCCACAUGGUGAACACAGAGGUGGACUUUGGGCGCUGCUUCCUGAAGUACCCCUAUGAGAAAACGGUCCAGCUUGUCAAUCACGAUGACCUCCCAGGAUGCUAUGAGGUUCUACCUCAGGUACAUGAAGACAUGCCGGCCGUGUUACUCUCCAGUCCCACCCCAUGUGGAGUCAUCCCCCCACACAGCACCAUUCACAUACCUCUGGCCCUGGAGACCCAGGUCACUGGGGAAUAUAGGUCCAUAGUUUACAUCUCAACCUUUGGGAGCCCGGACCCCCCUAUGGUAUGUCACUUAAAGAGCAUCGGAGAAGGCCCAGUUAUCUAUGUACAUCCCACUCAAGUUGAUUUUGGCAAUAUCUACGUCCUGAAGGACUCCUCGAGGAUUCUCAACCUAUCUAACCAGUCCUUCAUCCCCGCGUUAUUUCAGGCACGCAUGGCACACAAAAAAUCCCUUUGGACAAUUGAACCCAAUGAAGGCAUGGUUCCCCCGGAAACUGAUUUUCAGCUGAUGCUGACAGCCAACCUGAAUGACAUACUGACUUUCAAAGACACAGUUAUUUUGAGCAUAGAAAAUAGCAACACCUACCGGAUUCCUGUCCAGGCUUCAGGAGUUGGUUCCACCAUUGUUUCAGAUAAGCCCUUUGCUCCAGAGCUCAAUUUGGGAGCACAUUUCAGCCUGGACACCUAUUAUUACCGCUUCAAGUUGACCAACAAGGGACGUCGGGUCCAACAGUUGUUCUGGAUGAACGAAGAUUUCCAUCCACAGAACAAGCUGAGCAAGAAGGGCCUGGCUAAGAAGGGACUUGCUAAGAGCCAGCCCCGACCCCAGCACUUCCAGGAGCCCGGGGCCCCACACACCCCCGUGUUUCAGAUCCACCCAGUCAGAAUGGAGCUGUACCCAGACCAGACGAUCGAUGUGAUACUUGAAGGCUAUUCUGCUACUCCCAGGAUAGUCAAAGAAAAGCUGGUGUGCCAUGCCAUCAUCGGGGCACAGAAGGGGAAGAGCUUGCUGAUGACUGUGAAUAUCAUCUGUGAGUUUAUAGCGCCACUUAUCCAGCUCUCCACCAAACAGCUCAUAUACCGACUGGAGAAGAAACCAAACACUGUCCUGGAACCUGAUUACCAGCCGUUGGUCAUGAAGAACAUUUCCACCCUGCCAGUGAAUGUGUUGCUCUCCACAAGCAGACCCUUCUGUAUCUGCGAGACUGAUAAAUCUCCACUGCCAUUAACUCCUGAGCCUAUCAAACUGGAGAUUGAUGGAGAAAAAAACUUGCUGGUCAAAUUUGACCCUUCCUAUAGAAAUGACUUGAACAAUUGGGUAGCAGAAGAAAUUCUAGCAAUCAAGUAUGUAGAGCACCCUCAAGUAGACAGCCUGAGACUGCGUGGAGAAGUGAACUACCCCAACCUCAGCUUUGAGACCAUGGAGCUGGAUUUUGGCUGCAUCCUGAAUGAUACAGAGGUGAUCCGAUAUAUAACUAUCACCAAUUGCAGCUCCUUGGUUGUGAAGUUCCGCUGGUUCUUCCUGGUAGACAACGAGGAAAAUCAGAUAAGGUUUGUGCCACAGCCAAGGAAGCCCACCAGUGCCCCCCUGUCCCAGGUGGAAUCCAUCCCAGUGACCUCAGCUUCUGCCAGCUCUCCAGCAAUGCCAGUAACAGAGUCCCCUGAGAUGGAGCUAAAUGGUUUUGUUAAGACUAUCCUCAUGGAUGAAGAUGUCAGGCCUGAAGAAGGACAAUACAGAAAAGCACAAGCACCCAUCAUGAUCAUCUCCGAUGGAUUAAGUUUUAACUCUGCUGAAACUGAAAGAAUAAACCCAAACCAGAGCCAGGUGGAGUUUCAGGAACCCCCAUGGAGCUUUGAACGGGAAGAAAUGCUUCCCAUUGGGGUAGAAGAAGUGUUUGAUAUCCUGCCCCUAUAUGGAGUGCUGAAGCCGCAUAGUAGCCACCAGAUAUCGUUCACCUUCUACGGACACUGUGACAUCAUUGCACAGGCUAAAGCCCUGUGUGAAGUAGAAGGAGGGCCCACCUAUGAGAUCAUGCUGAGGGGAGAGGCAUCCCUGGUCAACUACUCCUUUGACACCAAGGAUAUUAACUAUGGAUUACAGCUGUUUGACCACGUCACAGAGAAUGAAAUCACGCUGAAGAACACUGGGAAAGUUGGCUUUGAGUUCAAGGUUCUGACUGACCCCCUGUCUUCGCCAGACAACCUUCUGCCUGGAGUGCCCCUAAUCGUGCCCAUCUCAGGUUUUAUCAGUGCACAUAAAGAGCAGGUAUUGAAGGUUUACUACUUACCUGGAGUACCUGAGAUCUUUCAAAGGAGUUUCCAGAUACAGAUUGCCCACCUGGACCCAGAAAACAUCACUCUGCGUGGUGAGGGAAUCUUUCCCCGAAUCAGCCUCGAUCUCCCCAGGAAACUUCAAGGAAAUGAAAAGUAUGAAACCUUCUUGAAUCAGGCCAGAAAAAACCUAGAAAAAGAGUACAACUAUGAAACACUUGACCACUUAGAGAUAACUGAGGAAUUGCCUGAGGAUGAAUCUUCUGAGUUAAGUGCUCAGCUCCAGAUGGAAGUAGAGCGACUUAUAGUCCAAGGCUAUUCCAUAGAACAUCAGAAAACAAUUAUCCCUGAUUCCACAGAUGACGUCAGCUACCGGAGUCGUCGCAGACUAGCCAAAGUCCAGCUGCCAGAGUAUAUCCUGGACUUUGGCUACAUCAUCCUUGGUGACAUCCGAACACACAUCAUCAAGAUCACCAACACCAGUCACUUCCCAGUGUCCUUCCAUGCAGAAAAGCGCAUCCUUCAUGACACAGGUUUCAGUACUGAGUUAGAUCGUGUAAAGAAUCUGCCUUACUGUGAAACGGAAACAUUCGAAGUGAAAUUUGACCCACAAGGGGCCAGUCUCUCAGUUGGAAACAAAGAGGUCAUUCUACCCAUCAAGGUGGUUGGAGGGCCAACAGUUCACAUCUGUCUCCAAGCCAAGGUGACCAUUCCUGCUAUGACACUGUCUUGUGAAAAGGUGCAGUUUGCCACAAUUCAGUGUGGACAGUGCCUCGUGGAGACUAUUCAGUUUUCCAAUCAUCUCCAACUCCCUUGUGAAUGGUUUUUCCUGAGCCAUAAGCCAGUUAGCAAGCUGGAGAAACACAUGCCAAAGUACUUAAGACGGAAACUACGUGCUGAAUUAAAGCCAAAGACACGAAUCUUUGAGAUCCAGCCCACUUCUGGGGUCUUGGAUCCUGACGAGAGGUCCAACGUGCAAGUGAAAUUCAUGCCUAAAGAAGAGAAAUUCUACAGCCAAACCCUGGUUUUCCAGAUUGCCCAGAGUCCUCAAAAGCUUACACUGCUGGUAGAGGGGCAAGGUCUUGAGCCACGGUUGGAAUUUAGUCCCUCUUUUCUGGAGCUGGGGCCACUGCUGCCUUAUGCACCUGGAGACGAGGCUGAGGUGGUGGUAAAGAAUCCCUGCAACUUUCCCAUUGAGUUUUACUCCUUAGAAUUUGACCAACAGUAUCUCCUAGAAGAGAAGAUCUUGCGAAUGCUGAAGGGCUAUGAUUCCUACAACACCCUGCUGCUGCCUCCCCGUGUUCCGGGGGAAAAGCUACCCCCAGAGGUUUAUGAGUACUUUAAGGAGAUGAAGCGGUCCAAAGAGGAACAGAUGAAGGCGAAGUUUCUGGAGAGUCUGGCCCAGGAAAACGAAGAGGAAGAUAUGCCCUCAUCAGAACAAGGCACCUCUGGCAGUACAAAGAGGACCUCACUGGGCCACGGGAUCUCUGUCACAUCCAACCCUGAAGAACGGCACAUUCCCCUGGUCGAGUCCAAGACCUACCCAGAUGAAGAGGAGGAUGAAGAAAGCCUGGAAAAAAUAAUGUUUCAAACUGACAAGAUACAGAGUGUUGACAGCCACUUGACUGAAGAGGUUGGAGAAGUAGAGAACAACCCAGUGAGCCAGGCGAUCGCGCGCCACCUGGGCAUUGAUAUUUCUGCAGAAGGUCGCAUGGCCAAGAACAGGAAGGGCAUCGCCAUUAUCAUCCACGGGACACCCUUGUCGGGGAAAUCAGCCACUGCAGUCAGCAUGGCCAGGUACUACAAUGCAGCCUGCUUGAACAUCGACUCCAUCGUGCUUGAAGCGAUCUCUGAUGGCAGCAACAUCCCGGGGAUCCGGGCCCGUGAGCUCUGUAUCAGAGCAGCCAUAGAGCAGUCCAUGAAGGAAGGAGAAGAGUCUGCCCAGGAGGCUGCUUCAGGCCAAACUGCUGUGGGACAGACACAUCUGAGCAGUGAGACCCUGGGCAAGUUUACCUCAGAAUCUACCCUGUCCCCUGAAACGAAAUCGGCGAAGACCAUGCGUGGGAGCAUGAUGAUUGCCAAAAGCAAGGCGGAGAGCCAUGGCUCUGGGUCUCAGAAGCAGCACCACCAGCAUGCGUCCGAAACGCCACAGAUUUCCUCCAGCCCUCUCCCUUCGGGGCCCGCACAGCGCCGGCUCAGUGUCAGCCCCAGUAUCGGAGGUGAGACCGGGCUCGUGAGCUGUGUGCUCCCUGAGGACCUAUUCACCCAGAUCCUGGCUGAUCGCAUACAGCUGAGUGACUGCUUCCGCGGAGUGGUGUUUGAUAGCGUUGAGACCCUCUUUGCUCGGAACCCGGCUAUGGCUCUCCUCUGCCUGCUGAAGGCCAUCGGCAACCGGGAGCACAUCUACGUAAUCAACAUGGCCCAGGAUUACACAGUCAUGAAGGCCCAAGAGAAAGCCAAAAAGGAGCAAGAAGAGAGCAAACGCAGGGAGGCACUUCAGAAAGAGAAGGAGCGUCUCCAAAAUAUGGAUGAGGAAGAAUAUGAUGCCAUGACAGAGGAGGAGAAAAUCAUGUUCAAUCGAGAGGUUCGGCAGGCCCUCCGGGAAAGGAAGAAGAGGGAGCUGGAGAGGCUGGCAAGGGAGAUGCAUGAAAAGAAGUUACAGCAGGAGCUUGAGCGGCAAAAGGAAGAAGAUGAGCUAAAACGGAAGGUCAAAAGGCCAAAGCAAGGACCAGUAAAGGAGGAACCUCUCACAAAGAAAUCUCAAACAGCAAACCGGCAGAUUCUUACUUUUUCCAAACUAGAUGUCAAGAUGGAUGCAGUAGAAAGGAAAGUAUCCAUCAGGGAGCAGUUAACCGAGAAGGAGGACCUGACAAAGAAGAGAAGGAACCAACUGGCAGACCCUCACGUGGUUGGGUCUCCCCUUGUCCAGGAGCCAGAGGACAGUGAGGGGGACCUCCUGAAGGAUGCUGACAAGCACCUGGCCCACAAGUUUAAGACCUAUGAGCUGACUCUCAAGGAUGUUCAGAACAUCCUCAUGUACUGGGACCGGAAGCAAGGCAUUCUGCUGCAACACAUGGGCACCGAGGACAUACCCCACGAGGCUGAUGACCAGCGCCAGGUUCCUUCGGGUGGGCGCCGAGGCCGCAAGGACCGGGAGAGGGAGCGUGCAGAGAAGGAGAGAGCCGAGAAGGAGCGCCAGGAGCGGGAGAAGGCUGAGAGGGAGCGUCUGGAGAAGCUCCGGGCUCUGGAGGAGCGGAGCGAUGGAGGAGAGGCUGAUGGGGAGGAGGACCAUGAGGGGAAGAAGGAUCUAGGCGUGCCAUUAAUAGACAUCCAGACACCUGACCUGGAAGGCUUGAACUGGAAGCAGGCCCUGGACAAUGACAGGCUUCCCAAAGGGGAUCAGAUCCUGGACAUGUUGGGUCUGGGCUCCUCUGGCCCACCCAUCCCACCUCCGGCCUUAUUCUCAAUCAUCUCCCACCCCCUGAAGCGGCUGCCUCCGGCCACAACAGAAAUCCUGAAGCAUUUUGUGUUUGUGAUCCCACCACCUGAAGAGCUCUCCCUGCAGGAGGAGAAAAGAGAAGGGGAAGCAGAACCAGAGCUUUCAAGCACUGUGAGCUCUGCGAAGGCGCAGGAGGAGCAGACCACCUCCUCCAAGGGGAGCAGACAGAAACUGAAAGAAAAGGCAGAUCAGGUCCGAGACACUCAGAAGGACAAACGUCGCAUGGCCUUCAGCAGGAAGGUCUUUUCUGGGGCAACGUCUGGAGCCAUUGCCCCCCUGUCAGACACGGAGCAGAACAGCCUCUCUGGGCAGUUGUCUCAGGAGAAGUUUACCAGGCUGAACCAUUUCCGGUGGAUCGUGCCAGCCAACGGUGAGGUGGCCUUACGAAUACACUUCUCUUCUGCUGACCUUGGGAACUUUGACCAGACAUUUAACUUUGAGAUCCUUGGGACUCACCGCCAGUACCAGCUUUACUGCCGAGGCGUGUGCAGUUACCCGUACAUCUGCCAAGACCCAAAAGUGGUAUUUCCUGAGUGGAAGACAGACAUGAAGACAAAUGAGGUCAUCUUUAAGAAGUAUAUUAUGAGCAUGGAGAGGUUUUACUUCGGGCCACUGCUUUGUGGAAAAUCAAGAGAUAAGUACAAGUCAUCCUUGUUCCCAGGCAACAUGGAAACAUUGACAAUCCUGAACAAUUCGCCAAUGGUUGCAGAGGUGUUCUUCUGCUUUCAGAAUGAUGUCAAAGCAAACACCUACUUCCUGGAGCCCAUCAACAUGGUUCUGAAACCCAAUGAGAAGCAGAUGCUGAACAUAUGGGCCUACCCUACUGCAGUUGGUGUCUUUGACGACUGCAUUGUCUGCUGCAUCAAGGAGAACCCAGAGCCAGCGGUCUUCAAAUUAAGCUGCCAAGGGGUCCGCCCAGAACUAGAGCUGGAACCCAGGCAAUUGCAUUUUGAUCGGCUCUUGCUGCACAGAAAAGAAUCCAAGGUAGUUCUUCUCCGUAACGUCACACCCCUGCCCGUGGCCUGGCGGGUCACCAGCCUGGAGCACCUGGGUGAUGACUUCACUGUGUCCACCAUGCAGGGGACCAUCCCCCCCAAGGCUGAGUACAGCCUUCAGGUGCACUUCCUGCCCUCCAAACCUGUCAACAUCAAGAGGGUGAUCCGGUUGGAGGUUUUAGAUGCAGACAAUCUUGUUGGUGUUGUUCAGAUUGAAAACAUCAUGGUCUUUGCAGAGUCUUACGACGUUGCCUUGGACAUCACCUUUCCCAAAGGAGCUGAAGGAGGCCUCGAUUUCGGGAUUGUGAAGGUCAUGGAAGAGGUGAAGCAGCCCCUGCAGCUGAAGAACCGUGGGAAAUAUGAGAUCAUGUUCAGCUUUUCUGUGGACUCCUUAGGGAUUUUGGCAACCAAUGUAAAUUCCAUGAUCUCAGUCCUACCCAAAAAGGGCUCACUGACCACAAUGGAAAAGCCCACAAAUGUCCAGGUGUCGUUUCGUGCAAAAAAGGAAGUGAAGAUUGAGCACCAGCCAAUUCUGCGCUGUCAGAUUAUUGAGCCCAACAUCACAGAAGGGGGUGAAAUCAUUGCCAGCAUCCCAAUUAAGUUUUCUGUGAAUGCAGUGUACUCCAAAUACAACAUCAGCCCCUCCUCCAUCAUCAACUUUGGAGCUUUGAUCUGUGGCACUCGGAGAAGCACCACCUUCACCAUAGAAAAUCAAGGUGUUACUGACUUCAGAUACGCCCUUUAUAGGCUGAUGGGGGAGAGCCCCAUUCAUCAAAAGAAAAUAACCAGCCAUGUUAGACAUGCAAGAUCGCGGGAAAGCUUCUACAAGACUGGCCCUUCCAAAGCAACCAAGCUCUCUGAUACUGUUCAGAAAGAAAUAAACAUCACAAACCAGGCUCGCUUCACCCACGGCAUGUUCACCAUCUACCCUGGGUUCGGCUCCAUCCCUUCCGGAGGAACCCAGGUUAUCACUGUCGAUUGUGUGGCUGACCCCGUGGGAAGAUGUGAGGAAUUCAUAGCUAUCGAUAUAUCUGACCGAGACCCAAGAGAUCAGCCUGGCGGCAUUCCUUACAGCCUGUUGGCAGAAGCCUGUCUACCAGCCUUCGUGACUGACAACAGUGCCUUGAUAUUUGAGGAGCACAAGAUUUGUAACAGCGCUAGCCUGCUCAGUGUCCUACAGACCAUAGAGAGUGGGGGGCUGUUUGUGGAGGAUGAGAACAAGUUCAUUUUCUGCAACGUCCUGGUGGGUCAUCAGGCCAAGGCUCGGUUCAAGAUCAGCAAUGUGGGAAAGAUCGCCUGUGAUGUGAACAUUGUAGUUAAGCCCAUCUCCAACAAGCUCAUUGCCCGAAUCGUUGACAUUUUUGAUGUGGAACCCAAUAAGAUGUGUGUUGCCAGCCGCUCACAUGCCUUUGCCACGGUGACCUUUACCCCGCAGACCAUGCAGACCUACCAGUGUAUCUUCGAGGCUACCUUGGAUGGCUUGCCUAGCAAUCUGACCAAGAACCGAAGCCUUGUGUUUGAUAUCGUCGGGGAAGGGAACCUCCCGCGGGUGACGGUAGUGCGACCAGUUCUCUACAACCAAAAUGGAAACCCCUUGCUCCUCUUUAAGAGGCUUCUGCUUGGUCAGUCAGAGAAGCUGCCUCUCAUCCUCAAGAACAAUGGCACCAUCCCUGCCCAGCUGCAUGUUGACCUGAGGGACCAACUAGGAGUCUUCUCUCUGAAAGGGUGGCCCACCACCUCCUACAUCUACAUCACAGAGGAAAACAAACCACAUGCAAAAGCAAAGAAAGCUCACACGGCCUCCCUGGUGGUUCUUCCUGGAGACACAGCUGGAUUUGAUGUCAUUUUCCAGUCCCAAAGUGUUGGGAGAAUGACAGGCAUCAUCCACUUGUCAGUGAUCAACAAUCAGUAUGAGGAGACGAACAUCCACAUGGUGGGAGAGGGUUAUGAGGAUGACAUCACCUUGGACAACAUCCAUGGGCUGCUGGUUUCCAGCAGCCAUGAAGCCCCAGAGAUCUCUGAGGUCAUCGAGGAAACUACUGUGGAAGACUUGAUAACAGCUGCUCUGGUGGACCACAUCCAGUUUGGAGAUUGCCACAUCGGAAACAGCUAUAAUGUGAGCUUCACAGUGACUAAUCACAGCCAAGCGAAUGUCAUACGGUUUGAAUGGCCCCUUUUAGCUACAGUUUGCUUUUCCCCACAGAUCGGCCACCUUCACCCUGGGUGUGCUAAGGACAUAGUAGUGACCAUGAAGUCCGAAGUGCCCAUCAAUCUGAAGAAGAUGGGGGUCAAGUGCAAGCUCUCCAGAAUCACGUUUCAGCUCCCUGCAGACCAGGUCCCUGAUUGGGAUGACCGCAUGCGCACAGUCAAGUGGGUGGAUGUGCUCAGAAACACACCCGGUUCUUUCGCUGCAAAACGAAAGGUGAUAGAGACGGAUCCUGAGCCUGUUCACUCAGUAGUAGAAGAAAACUACCGAGAACUGCAUCUUCAGAUCAGUGCCAAUGUGAAUUUUGCUUCAUAUCAAUGCGAAACAAGCAAUGUGCACUUUAAAGAAACACUGGUUUACCAGACCCGAGUAUUUGAGUUUGAACUGACUAAUUCAGGAAAUGUGCAGCUGGAAUUCAAUUGGGUCUCAGAAGAGACUGCAAAGGCUGUCAGCUUUGCAAUGCCAGAUAACCAAGGUUCUUCUCAAAAAGACCAAUUUAGCCAGGGCACGCUGCACACGGUCAGUACUCUGGACAGCGCCAUGGACCACUGGAAUGAAGUUCCCCCCAUGCCCUUCUCUGUGGAGCCUGCCUCAGGCAUUGUGCCUGUGGGCAAAACUCAGAAGCUCAAAGUGAAAUUCUCCCCGCUGGAAGUUGGAGACUUCGAGAGCAAUCUCUUCUGCCAGAUUCCCAACCUGCCACCUGGAGAGCAAGGCCCAGUCCUUUCAGCAAAAGGGCGGAGCCUUUUGCCCUUCUGCCAUUUUGACCUAAAACACUCAGACUAUAUCAGUGGUCAUCGGCGCAACCCAGAUCUCCAAGGACCUUCUGGUGCGGCUCUGGAUUCAAACACCCGGGUGAUUGAGUUCACCAGCGUGGGCAUAGGAGGGAAGAAUAUCCGGACUUUUACAAUCCUGAACCCAACUAAUAGCACCUACUCCUUCUCUUGGAUCUCUGAAGAAACUGAAAGUCUCCAGAACCCUCCAGCCUUCACAUGCCUUACAGAGAAGGGCUUCAUCCACCCUGAAAAGAAAGCGGAGAUUGUCUUCCAGUUCACGCCUUUCCAUCUGGACAUCACAGAAGCCUUCUGGACUUUCUUAAUCCCUGAACACAACAUCACAGUCCCUUUCCUUCUGGUAGGCAAAGCCACCGACCCUCUCAUCAAUCUGGACAAGUCACAUCUCAACUUCAGUUGUCUCCUCAUUGGCAGAGAAGCCAGGGAGACCGUGCAUAUCAUCAACAAGGAGGAGCAGGGGUUCCAUUUUGCCUUCCAAGACAACUCCCGAUAUUCUGAAGGUUUCAGCAACAACCUGGUCAUAUGUCCCAUGGAAGGUUGGAUCCCACCACUGUCCAGGUUCCCAAUUGAUAUUUUCUUCACACCAAAGCAGGAAGGAGAUGUGAACUUUAAUUUGAUCUGCAAUGUGAAAAAGAAAGCCCACCCUCUGACCUUAAAUGUCAAGGCUGAGGGCUACACUAUGAAUGCAGAGGUCAAAUGCAAGGACAGGACUGGCUUGAUUACUCUCCUGACUCCCAACCAGACUACCAUUAUCAACUUCUAUGAGGUGGAGUUGAAUGAAUGUGUUCAGUGUGAACUCAGCUUUAUCAACACUGGAAAGUUCAGCUUCAGCUUCCAGGCAGAGCUAUCUGGCCCCAAAGCCCUGCUGCAGUACUUGGACUUUUCACCCAUUGAUGGCAGUGUGGAUGUGGGGCAGAGUGUGCACGCCACCUUGUCUUUCCAACCACUUAAGAAGUGUGUCUUGAAGGGCCUGGAACUCAGAAUCAAGGUCAGCCACGGCCCAAAGUUUACAUGCAGCAUCUUGGGCUGUGCUGUGAGCCCGGCCGUUCAUUUCUCCUUCACCAGCUACAACUUUGGGACCUGCUUCAUCUACCAAGCUGGCAUGCCCCCGUACAAACAAAUGCUGGUUGUCACCAACAAGGAAGAAACACCCAUGAGCUUAGACUGUCUAUACACCAAUACCGCAUACCUCGAGGUGAACUUCCGUGUUGAUGUGAUAAAGCCAGGAAAGACACUGGAGAUUCCAAUCACCUUUUAUCCUCGAGAAAGUAUCAAUUAUCGAGAACUCAUCCCCUUUGAAAUCAAUGGGCUCUCACAACAAGUAAUUGAAAUCAAAGGGAAAGGCACCGAGAUGAAGAUUUUAGUCCUAGAUCCGGUCAAUAGGAUUGUAAAGUUGGGAGCUGUCCUGCCAGGACAGGUUGUGAAAAAAAUGGUUUCCAUCGUGAACAAUAGCCACGCCCCACUCACUUUUAGCCAGACAGUCCUGUUCUCGAUUCCAGAACUCCAGGAACCCAAGGUCAUCACCUUAAUACCAUCCUACAACAUCACUCUGAAGCCCAAAGAGGUCUGUAAGCUGGAAGUCAUCUUUGCCCCAAAGAAACGCAUCCCUCCCUUCUCUGAGGAGGUGUUCAUGGAAUGCAUGGGGCUUCUGCAUCCUCUCUUCCUCCUUAGCGGCUGUUGCCAGGCCCUGGAGAUCUCCCUGGACCAGGAGCAUCUCCCCUUCGGGCCAGUCGUGUAUCAGACACAAGCCACGCGUCGCAUCCUUAUGUUGAACACGGGUGACGUGGGUGCAAGGUUUAAAUGGGAUGUCAAAAAAUUUGAGCCCCAUUUUUCCAUCAGCCCAGAAGAAGGCUACAUCACUGCAGGCAUGGAGGUCUCUUUUGAAGUGACCUACCAUCCCACUGAGGUGGGCAAGGAGAGUCUCUAUAAAAACUUGCUCUGCUUCAUCCAUGGAGGCAAUCCUCUGAACCUCACCCUAUCUGGAGUCUGCGUGGGACCACCUUCAGUAAGAGAGGUGGUAAAUUUCACCUGCCAGGUACGCUCCAAGCACACUCAGACCAUCAUGCUUUCAAACCGCACCAACCAGACCUGGAACCUGCACCCCAUCUUUGAGGGUGAGCACUGGGAGGGGCCAGAGUUCAUCACCCUGGAGCCCCAUCAGCAAAACAAGCCCUAUGAGAUUACCUACAGACCCCGCACCAUGAACUUGGAGAACCGUAAACAUCAGGGCACCCUCUUCUUUCCCCUCCCAGAUGGGACUGGCUGGCUAUAUAUGCUGCAUGGGACUUCUGAGCUCCCCAAAGCCGUGGCCAGUAUCUACCGUGAAGUACCAUGUAAGACACCCUAUGUUGAACUCCUGCCAAUAACCAACUGGCUUAAUAAGCCCCAGAGAUUCCGGGUCAUUGUGGAAAUGGUGAAACCAGAGAGGCCAGAUCUAAGCGUCACCUUAAAAGGCCUUGAUUACAUUGAUGUACUGUCUGGCUCCAAGAAAGAUUACAGGCUGAACUUCUUUUCCCACAAGGAGGGACUCUACAGUGCAAAGGUGAUCUUCCGAAACGAGGUGACCAAUGAGUUUUUAUACUACAUGGUGGGUUUCAGGGUCAUCCCUUCAGGCGUGAUCAAAACCAUUGAGAUGGUGAGCCCCGUCCGGCAGAGCACAUCAGCCUCCAUCAAGGUGGAGAACCCUCUGCCCUAUACAGUGACCUUCUCCAUGGAAUGCAGGGUCCCUGACAUCAGCCUGCCCUCCCAGUUUGUGGUGCCUGCCAACUCUGAGGGCACAUUCUCGUUUGAAUUCCAGCCCCUGAGAGCCGGAGAAACCUUUGGGAGACUAACACUGCACAACAAUGAUUUGGGUUACUACCUGUAUGAGCUCAAUUUGAAGGCCCUGCCAGCACUGCCUGAAAAGCCCAUCCACUUCCAGACGGUUCUUGGCAGCGGUCAGAGCAUCUUUGCCAAGUUUACCAAUUACACCCGGCAGAAGACAGAAUACUACUGCAGGACUGACUGUCAGGACUUCCACACGGAAAAGAUCAUUAAUGCAGCCCCAGGGGCCCAGGGAGGAACCGAAGUCAGUGUGGAAGUCUAUUUUGAGCCCAGCCACCUGGGUGAGACCAAGGGCAUCCUGAUGCUGUCGUCGAUUGCAGGCGGGGAGUAUAUCAUCCCCCUCUUCGGAAUGGCUCUGCCCCCCAAGCCCCAGGGUCCCUUCCUGAUCCGGGCUGGGUACAACAUAAUCAUCCCCUUCAAGAACGUUUUCUAUCAUGCGGUCACCUUCUCCAUCAUUGUGGAGAACCCAGCCUUCUCUGUUCGUGCUGUAGACUCCAUGCGACCCAAGAAGAUCAACAAUAUCACAGUCUAUUUUGAAGGAAAUCCAUCUGGCAGCAAAACACCUAUCACCAGCAAGCUGAUUGUGUCUUGUCCUCCCAGUGAAGGCAGCGAAGCAGGCAUUAAGUGGGUUUAUUACCUGAAGGGGAUCACCCCUUAGUGGUAACUAAGGUCAGUUGCAUCAGUGAAAAGUCAUUUCCUCAGCCUAGUAUCUAUGUAUUAUUCUAUCCUGGUGAAGCACAGAGAAAAUAAAAUUCUACAGAUAG